UUAAUACUAUAAAAGAUAGGAAAGAACUUAAAAACUUAAGGUUCUCAUCUUUAUCCUUCCUUAGUAUUCAUCUUCUGAGUAAACAAUGCUACUCAAUCUGCUACUCUGUCAAUUGAACGGCUACAUACUUAAACUAACUAUUUUGAAUGUUACCUUAGAUGGUGCGUUGUUUGAUUCUCGUCAGCCUGAUUGGUUGAUUGGUUAUUUCGCUUAUGGAUGUAGUUUGUCCCUUAGGAGAUGACCUCAUCAAUGAUGUCAUCCCGUUUGGUGGAAACGGUUAUGAUAAAUGUCGAUGACUUUGCUGACAAUUUCCUAACUUGUGGUACAUGUUUCAGUGGCUACAAUUCAAAUGAACGGGCUGCCAAGUUACUGCCUUGUUCUCAUACUAUUUGUCGAUCUUGUUUAGACCGAAUUCUGUCUAAUGAGGCUCAGUCUGAGACAUUCCGUUGUCCGAUUUGCCGGGAAAAUAUUGCUAUCCCAUCUGGUGGCGCAGCUUCUUUCCCUCCAGCCUUUAUUGUCAAUCAGUUAUUGGAUCUACUUGCAACUCAACGUCGUGACGUUGUACCCAAGUGUUGCAUACAUCCAUCUCAAGAGUUGCUGUUUUGUGAAACUUGUGAUAUUGUAUUCUGCAGUGAAUGCCGAGGUCGUAAUCAUGCUGUUCAAAACUAUGUAAAUGGUAAUACAGAAAUAUCAACUUCACUAAAUGAAACUGUUGACCCCUUAGAUCCAUCAUGUGUAGGAGCUAGUAAUGGAGAUAAUGAGACUACUACACCAGGCGAGAGUUCAUCAAAUGCUGGACUCAACCAUAAUGUGAUAACCUUCAAUGUUGCUCUGAAACGCUGCUCAGAAAUUAUGCUUUACAAAAUGCAUUUAUGCAUUCAAGAGUUAAACUGUGCUCAGCAGGCUGUAUCAAGCGAACUAGAGCGCCUUGCCAAUAACACUAGUUCGUGUGUUGAGUCAAUAAACUCACGAUUUUCUGAGAUAUUGGCACUUGUUGAACAUCGUCAAGGAGAAUUAUUGGACAGUGUGAAGCGACUUGGUGAAGAAAAACGACGUGCGUUGACCGAUCAACUUUCAUUAAUUGAAACUGAAAGAGAUUUAAUUCGUAAUGAAUGUGAUCGACUAAAGGGUGUGUUGGAUGUACGCAGUAUUACAAAAACAAUAAGUUAUUUAAAUGAUAAGUUGGAUUCAAUAAGUGGUUUAACUGAGCCUCGUGAAAAUGCUUUCCUCCGCUAUCAAGACUGUAUUGGUGCAGCCAAUCAUCAUCAUCAUCACCACAGAGAUAUAUGUUGUCCUACUUCAAAACGUAACACAUGUCCAUCGUCCACAUCGUUAUCCUCAAGGAAUUAUUCUGUACCAUCAGUUGCAAAUCUUAAUGAGUCAGCUUUACGAUCUACUCCACCUUAUCAUCGUAGAUCAAAUGUAUGUUCUUCAUCAAAUCUUCAGUCAUCUCAUUCACAACAACAAGUUAGUCUUCCAGAUAUUGCUCGGUGUUUAGCUGGUUUUGGUCGUUUAGUAGUCAGUACAACAUAUCCGGCAUUGUGUACUGCUCGUCUACCAAAUGAAAUGUUUGCUCAUUUAACUUCUAAAUGUACAAUUCAAGCAGUCGAUUAUAAUGGUCGGCCUCAGUUGAACAGUGGAACCGAUCCUAUCGAAGUUACUUUCACAGAUUCACGAGGACAUUUAGUCCCAACAGACUUAGUGGAUAUAGGAAAUGGUUGUUAUGAGCUAAGUAUGGUUGCUUCGUCUUCAGGAGCUCACAAAUUAUCUGUACAAAUUCUCAAUAGGCCUAUUCGUGGUUCACCUUUCAGUCUUCAUGUAAAAGCAGCACAGAAACGUAUUUGGACUUUAAAAGAAGGUUCCGAUGGUCGUGGUUUGAUUCAACCGUUUGCUGUGGCAUUUGGACCUUAUCCUGUAAAUAUAUCUGAAGAAUCUUCAGAUGUCAUGCCCAAUGAUCCACCAACACCUGUUAAUUUCAUUUAUGUUUUGGAUACAGGAAAUAGUCGUCUAUUGGUGUUGAAUCCUGAAGAUGGCUCUCUGCAUGCCACUGUGACCGGUGAGCCUUUAUCUGGUCAAGCUGCAACUGGUAUGGUAUGGUCACCUCAAGGUUUAUGGAUUGUUAAUUGGCGGGCUAAACAGCUGUUCUUAUUGGAUCCAUCUACAGAACAGAUACUUUCGUGUGUAUCAAGUAAUCUAUUCAAAGAACCAACUAGUGUUACAAGAUGUCCUUUAACCAAUCGUCUUUUUGUUGCUGAUAACGGUGCAGGUUGUAUUUUUGUAUGUGAUCCAGAAACAGGUGCUGUGAAGGUUUUCAUUGCAACAAAUACUGCACCUACCUCUCCUGGUAGUAAUACAAGUACACCAACUAGACAGGGUACUUUGAGUCGGAUGGAGACUGGUUCUCAUGCACCUCAACCAAGAACUUGUAAAUUAAUAACUGGCUUGUGUGUAGCAGAUUCUGGUGAAUUGAUUUUGUCUACUGGAACUUGUAUCCGAAUAUUUUCAUCAGAAGGACGUUUCCUUGCUGAUCUUUUGCCUCCAAGUCAACCAAAUGAAGAUAUUCCUCGUACUCGUAUGUCAGCAUUACCAUCCAGAGCUUCAUUAGAUGUUUCCUAUUUCAAUGCAACACAAGUUUCACACGAUAAUCCAGAUGGUGAAAGUGUUGUAAAUCCUGAUCGUUAUAGUCUCUCUGAGCUUCGACCAUCAAGUGCUUCUGCUAUGUCACGACUCCCGUCUUCACGUGGUCAAUUUGGCGGUGUAACAUUUGGUGUAGUAUCAUCAUCGGAUUCUGGCAACAAUUCAACUGACAAAUUAGGAAAAUGCAUAUUGGCAAGUUAUUCAGACAGAAAACGUUCUGGUGUUGUUGUCUGGUCAGAGUUGUUUUGGACAUCCAGUUGUCAACAAUUCAUUAAAGAAGUUGACGAUGACACAACCUCUUCAAACACUGUUAUCAACACUCAGCACAAUGAUAUGCCGAAUAGUAACAAUAACAAUCCUACCAGUAGUAAUAGUACUAGUAGCAGCGGUAAUCGUCUCACUACACUAGAUACAAAUAUACCUACACAUACUUGUGCAAUAUACUGUCCGUUGAAUAGAAGUAGAUUUCUUUUCAAACCAUAUUUAAUUGAAGUAGAUCCAUCAUUUCGUCGAUUAGCUGGUUUAGUCCCCGUAUCAAAUUGUAGAGAUGUGAUUGUUGUUGAUCAAGGUGCUCAAAAUAUUUCUCGAAUUCAUUAUGCCUAA